CAGCAGUAUGUAUUUAUCUUCAACAGAAUUUUUCUGGCCAUGCCUAUCACAAGGGCAACCUCAUCUCACAUUGCUUAUGGGAAUCAAGAGCAUGGCCAGGAUGAUGGACAAGAAGUUCAGCAGCCACGUCCAUCAAUAGAUGUUUUUAAUGACCUUUUGCAAGGAAUCACUGAUCCCAGCCUUGCAUACCUAGUUCAAGAUUCAUCACAACCCAUCAAUACGACUGGAACUUCCCAGCCACAUGAAGUCCAUAUUGGGGCUACCGAUGGUAAUGGAGGUUCUGCUGCGCGACCAAACAAUUCGGCACCGCCAGUAGUUGCAGCUACCAGUAUCGAUGGGGCUCUACCCAAUGCAACUGAUUCUACCCAAGGUUAUGUCACCAUGGAGGACCUUACCACUUUCUUGGACAAGGAGCGUUCCAAACAUGGAACAAUCCCUUUUUACUUUCACGAUGAAAGGAAAGGCAGUUUUGUGAAGCAUGUCGACAAGUUCCUUGAGGCCAUGGGGGCUCACGUCGAUGACAAAGAUUUGUGUCUAUGUGAGUUCUCGAAGUCUCUCUCUGAUAGAGCUUAUGCAUGGUACACUACUUUGCCUCUCAGCUCUAUCUGUUCUUGGGAUGAGAUGGUGGAACAAUUUUGUCAAAAAUAUUUUCAAAGUAAAGAACACAUCACCAUCCUUGAUCUCCACAACACUCGCCAAUGCACUGGUGAAGAUUUAAUGGUCUAUGUGAAAAGAUUCAGGGAUUUGGCACUUGACUGCUAUGGUGGUGAUACUGAGUCAUUCUUAAUGGAAAUUUGCAUCAACAACAUGUUUUUGAAAUAUCACGCUAUCCUUGAAAACAUUGGGAUCAAUCAGUUUGCAAGGCUACUCGAUGCCGCCAGGAGAACAACUAUUUCUGUCAAAGCCAUCUCUAUUGGGAAAUUUGUAGUGAAAGCCACAGAGGCCAUACUCUCCAUCGCCAAUGAGGUUGGAGGAGAAUCCCUCAACGUCGAAGUGCAUGUUAGCCGUGCUUAUCUUGAAUCUUUUAAUGCUGUCACAUUCACUGACGAAGAUAUGGAGAGGAAGGUACUUCGAUUGGUGAAUGAGGCCUCUCCAACAAAGCAUAAUGCGGCUGGAAAUGAGAUACUUGCUAAGCAUCUAGAUUUUUUUGGCGAAGCUAAUCAUCUAGUACCACUAGACAAGCUGCCAACCCUUCUUGAAGCUCAAUCGACACUCACUUUUCUAAAGUCCCUCAAAGCUAUUGAUCUUGGAAAUGAUCCAACAAGCCCUAGGCAUGUACAUAUUAGCACCACUCUUUCUAUGGAUGAAAGAGCCAAAAUGGUUAAUUUGCUCCGAGAAUAUAAGGAUGUUUUCACUUGGAACUAUGAUGAAAUGCCAAGGCUUGAUCCAACCUUGGUGGCACGUUCUUUGAAUGUUGAUCCUAGUAUGAAGCCAAUUGUGCAGCCAAAUCAUGCCUUCCAUCCAGAGGUUACUUUGAAAAUUAAAAAAGAAGUUGAGAAGCUCUUGGCUGUAGGAUUCAUCAAACCAACAAAGAAGCCGACUUGGUUGGCCAAUAUUAUACCAGUUCGAAAGAAGAAUGGGCAGAUUAGACUUGUCCUCUUCAAUGUGUUGAAGAAAGUCUUCAACAGAUGUCGUCUAUACAAGCUGAAAAUGAAUCUAGCGAAGUGUGCAUUUGGUGUUUCUGCUGGGAAAUUCCUGGGCUUCCUUGUGAGUAAACACGGUAUCAGUGUGGAUCCAGCUAAGUUUGAAGCUAUCCGAACCAUGCAACCCCCUAAGAAUCUCAAACAACUACAAAGCUUCAUCGGCAGGGUCUCAUAUAUUUGCAAAGUCAUCCCUUCAUUGGUAGAAAUACUAUUCACAUUUAGCCCUUUGCUGAAGAAAGGAGCCGCUUUCAUGUGGAUGGUAGAGCAACCACUUAAAGUCUAUUUGUUUACUUCUGACAAAGCUAUGCGUGCACUGGUUACCCAAGACGACCAAGAAGGCAAGGAACAACAAGUUUAUUAUCGCCUUCGACAUUAUUUCUUGGCUCAUAAGAUACAACUCAUCACCAAGUCUCAGCCCAUUUGGUACCUUCUAACACGGCCCAUGCUCACUGGCCAUCUUGCUAAUUGGCUCCUUCAAUUGUCUCAAUAUGAUAUUAUAUGCGUUAAUCCCACCACCAUAAAAGGGCAAGCUGUUGCAGACUUGUUGUGUGAGUUUUCUAAUGAAGUCCAGUAUCUUACUUCUAGCGAAGUCCCAGGUGGUGAGGUUGCUACUGCACAGUCAAUUGAGGAAGAAUGGACAUUAUAUUUUGAUAGUUCUUUCGCGGCUGAAGGGGCUGGGGUUGGCAUUGUUCUCAAAAUGACAAAGGCCAUGAUACAGUAUUUUCAUUCAAGCUUGAUUUUCAAUGCAUGAAUGACACUGCAGAGUAUGAAGCUCAUCGUAUUGGGCUCGCUAUGGCUAAAGAGGCUGGUGUGUAGCGCUUGAAAAUCAUUGGUGAUUCAGAUCUGAUCCUUGGCCAAGUUCAAGGUACCUUUGCUAUCCAAGAAGAACAUUUCACGGCAUAUCGUUCUGUUAG